CCUAUAGCCUGGUUAAUAUAGGUUGCGCAGGAGGAGCUAGAGCACGGACGCUGCAGCGUCCCUAGGCAGCCAUUUACACGGUCUUCAUAUCGAGCGCCACACGCUAAUUUGCUUAACUACAUAAGAAUGGCGGACCUAACACAUCCAGUUGUCUGGUUUUACAUACCUUGCACGCUAGCCUGGAUUUGCUUUCUGAUUAGCGUGGGCUCUCCAGACCGCUUCAUCGACUACGACUGGCUUUGGUUCCUUUUCCGGCACAUCUCACCAUACUUUUGGGCAGCUCUGGGCGUGGCGCUAUGCGUGGGCAUGUCUAUCCUGGGAGCAGCUUGGGGCAUUUUCAUUACCGGCGCCUCUCUGGUCGGUGCAGCCAUUCGCGUGCCCAGGAUUACAUCCAAGAACUUGAUCAGCGUUAUCUUCUGCGAGGCCGUGGCCAUCUACGGCGUCAUCGUGGCUAUCAUCCUCCAGACAAAGAUCGAAUACGUCGACCCUCAAAGCACGGGCGGGGUCUACGAUAAGUACGCCGUGGCGGCAGGGUAUUCAAUUUUCGGCUCUGGUAUUACCACUGGCUUUGCCAACUUGGUGUGCGGGAUGUGUGUCGGCAUCGUGGGAAGCAGCUGCGCCCUGUCAGACGCGCAGAACAGCACGCUGUUCGUCAAGAUCCUUGUGGUGGAGAUUUUCGGCAGCGCUCUGGGGUUGUUUGGUGUUAUCAUUGGCAUCAUCAUGAGCGGAGGCAUCAAAUGGGCGGCGUAAGGAAGUGGGGUAGCUUCAAAUGGUAAGCAUAGAGAGUCAUGCCAGGACUGGACUGCCCCGGAGUUUUGCUCGGUUAGGUGCGUGCGUGGUUUAGGCAAGGAUAACACUGGGACGUGUCUGGGAGAGGGUAGCAUGCCCAAAGGGAUAAGCCGUAUGAGGCCUAGCAUACGUAUGGGGACUAGCAGGGACCAAGGUCAGUGUUGUUGGGGUCAUGUUGAGGGGCUGUGACGUGUGAGGUAGCGUAAUAUCUUAGCUCGGACGUAUAUCCCUGAUUGGGUGGCAGGGAUUCCGCUGUGCAUGGUGAUGGGAUAGCUUUUUAACUCUGCGAAAGGACGGCGUCUUACGUACGCGUUGCGCAUGACCUUUCGGAGCCAGGAAAGCCGCUGCACUGUUGCGGCUACCUUCCUGGACGGCGUCGAGGCACGACGUACUGUAAAGAGAAAGAAAUCUUUGCGUCGCUUCUUUCUGUAUUGUCACGUGGUCUCCUGAGAGCUCCCGUGUGCAGUGAUGCUUUCAUCGUGCCGUAGGGUGAGCGAACUCAGUGACAGUUGCUGCGGUGUCCCAAGCAACCCCAUUAGGCUAGAUGGGGCGUGGUCGGCCCAGUGACCUGUUUACGGGCGGCAAUGCGGUAGUGUGCGGCAAUGCACACGGCACAGGCCUGUUGGUAGCCGUCGGGGGACGUUGCUGUGUGAACUGCUAGGGCGGGGCAACGUGGCCCGGAAACUGCAUAGGGAAGACUGUGUUAAGGAAGUGGUGUAUAGGGUAUCCUGUGGGGGCCGUCUAGUAGCCGUGCAAUACCCUCAGUACCCUACUUGGGCAUGCUCGUGCUAAGGUCUACGAUUAUACACUUCCUGCGAUGAGCGACGUUUACGGCGAGAAGUGCACCCAUAUGGAGCCAU